GCCAACACUGCAGUAGUUUCAUUCUAAAUAAAGAUCACCAGAAACCAUGAAGGUCUGUGUUUAUGGCCUGUCCGUUUGUGCGACUCGACUCUGCCUGCUGUGGUUUUGUGGCAAUCAAGUUCUGCAAAACAACACUUCUGUUAUUUGAAGUUUAGUCACGCACAAGUGACAUGAAGGAUUAUUGAACGCUCACAUGAUUGAGCUUCAUCAUGGCUGGACACCUGCUGCUAGUCAUCUUCAUGUGUUCAUUUCCUCAGUUAAAAACACAAGCUCUUCUUCCACCUGCUCUGACAGUGGAUCCAGCAGUGAUCACAGAAACAGACUCAGUCACAGUGAACUGUCAGCUUCCAUCUGUUUCUGUGUCCAUGUGUUAUUUCCUCAUAAUGAGACGACGACCUGCCAAAGCACUCCCAUGUCUGCAGACUCUGACAGGAACUGAGCUGCUGAAGAUGUCACAUCAGAGUUCACCUGCUGAGGUUAAAGUCACAUGUUUUUACCUGAGUGGAUCACAAUCUCCUGAGAGUGCCGAGACCUCCAUCAUCAUUCGAACUUCUCAUCCACCUAAACUGACUGUGAAUCCACCUGUGAUCAACGAGACAGACUCAGUCACAGUGCACUGUCAGCCUCCACCAUCUGCUUCAGUGUCUAAGUGUUUUUUCUACACUCUGAGUGGAGAAAUAACACUCUCCUGUCUGCAGACUCUGACAGGAACUGAGCUGCUGAAGAUGGCACAUCAGGGUUCACCUGCUGAGGUUAAACUCACAUGUUUCUACAUGUCAAAGUUCGGUGACAAGGAAUCUCCAUCUCCACACAGUGAGACAUCCUCCAUCAACAUACUCAGUAAGAAACCAGAGCUGAGUCUUCAUCAUUCUCCUGGGGAAUCUGUGCUCUUUACCUGCUCUCUGCCUGUAUCUGCUAAUCAUGAUACAAGAUGUCACCUGUACUUUGGAGAAGCAAGUCGUCCAGUUGAAACAAAAAUCAUAAUGAGCCAAACAAACAAAAAAAAACAGUCAUUUUGCCAGUUUUAUGUCAAUAUCCUUAAUGUUCUGAGUCAACUUCGUUUAGUUCAACAAAGCGAUGCCAGCUGUGAUUACACAUUAGGAGAUAAACCCGACUCUUUGUCUCCUCGGAGUGAUGGAUACAGCUUGACGUAUAUUCUGAAAAUAGAGUCAAACAGGAGCCCGACCAUGUCUGCAUUUACUAUGAACACAGGUCAGAAUAUUGACAGGCCUGCUUCCACUUCCAUUACUCUUACAAAACAAACAUCAGGUACUGUUCUUCAUUCAGGUCUGACUGUUAGUACAACAAGUAACGUUGUCUCCACCUUCCUGACGUCUGUGAAACCACCAUCAGGUUUAAGUGUCAGUAAUCCUGACACUAAAGAAAACACUUUCCCUGAAAUCCCUCUGAAAACAACUUCAGGUUUAAGUGUCAGUAAUCCUGACACUAAAGAAAACACUUUCCCUGAAAUCCCUCUGAAAACAACUUCAGGAAAGUGGAUCUUGAAGUUUGUAGUCAUUGCAGCAGGUUUUGGAGUAACUGUGGGCGUAAUGUUUCUGGUCUCUGCAGCUCUCUGCAACAGAAGAAGAGCAGGUUCUGAGGAGCAGAAACGACAGGAGUCUGAAAGUCAUUGUUACGACACAUGUUAUUACUCCACAAUCUCUGAUGAGGCAGCUGCGACAGCGCAGAAGGACUUGGUGUACAGCACUGUGGAGGCUCACUGAAGGACACCCUGCUUCAUACUGUACAAAGGGAGGGACAGCUUAAACGCCUACAUAUUUUUAACCUUUUGUUCAAAGUUGGCCAAUCUGAUGAACUCCUUACAUGAUUUUUUUCUUGGUUUAGUCAAAAUAUAAGACUACGCUGAAUUAUUUCAAAUUGUUGUGACUAGUGCUUAAAAAAUGCAUCUUGAUAUACUCAUAAAAGUAAGAACUGCUCUCAACAUGUUUUGUAUUCAAUGUACUUCUUGUCUAAGACUUUUUUUGUCUUUGCAUUUUAAAUACUAUCGCAUUCGUCUACAACUUACUGCCACUGUAAAUAGACUGUAUGAGUUGACCAACAAUACCACACAUAUUGUAUGUCACUAACUCGCAUCGCCACCUCUAAAUUUGGCAUGUAACAUUGUAGAGUUACUAGCCAUUUUGGCUGGUGAUGAAUGAAGCAAAUAUCACUACCUCUGUUUGAAUCGGCAGGCUGCAGAAACGACAAGUCAGUGUUGCCAGAUUGGGCUGUUUUCUGGCAAGAAAUUUGGGCGUUUUUGUGUGUGUUUAGAUUUUCAAACAUAAUCUUGGUCUGGGAACACUGUGUUAUGCCCCAUAAAAUGUCAUGUUUAAGGA